AUGCUCCGACUUGCCACCAGCCUUCGAUCAACUCUCAUCACUUCGGCUAUUCGUCGUCAUUCUGCAUGUUGUGGCGGAGAUCAUCAAAUGUCAGAAGCAGAACAAAAAAUGAGUAAAUUGCUCACAGAAAAAAUCGAAGGAUGCUCACGUGUUGAAGUACACGAUGUUUCAAACGGUUGUGGGUCGAUGUUUGACGUCGUCGUCGAGGCUUCCAGUUUCCAAGGAAAAUCGAAAGUUGCUCAACAUAAAAUUGUCACCUCAAUUCUCAAAGAACAAAUCAAAAGUAUGCAUGGACUGACGAUCAAGACGAAAGCCGCCUAA